GAGUGGGCCCCAUCCAUGGCCGUGAUGUCAUGGACAUCACGCCAUGCCUACAGCACCAUGCUCUCCUUGCAGCCACGGGCACACAAGCCACCCCCUGGUCAGCACCCCACGUGGGUGUCUCACGGGCUUCUCAAACUCACGUCUCCUCCCCCAACCCUGCCACUCACACCCGCCCCUUCUCAGCAAAUGGCACCCUCUUGCUCAUGCCUGAACCUUACAUGACACCCGGCCCUUCUCCAAGUCCUAGUUCUGUCCCCUGGCCUCCAGCCCCUGCAGAGGGGCAGCACUGGCCCCUGGCAGUGACACUGUAUGCGUGCAAGCCCCUUCCUCUCAGGGUCCCCAAGCUUCCUUCUGUGCCUGGACCGCCCGGGGUCAGUGCCGCCCAGGCAGGAAGCGGAAGCCCAGAUCAAGACCCACGUGGGCCUGGUUCGUUUCUCCCCUUGGAGGCGUUCUGCAACCCUCUGCCUGGUGCUGAGGUAGACCAGACGCCCCGGAGCUCCCAGACUCCCAUCUUGGCCGGUAGAUUUUGUGGUGGGGCUGAGCCAGAGUGGGUGCAGAACUGUGCCGGCACACUGAUGUCAGGUGGUUUAUGGAGCCAAGGGCCCCACAGAAAAGACGCGCUCAGAGCCCUGCCCACCCUCACGGGGUGGCCCACCAUGGCCCUGACCCACCCUGUCUCACACUGGGCAGUGGCCCAUGGCCACACUAAGAAAAAACCCACAGCCCGCCCACCCCAAGGCCCUCCCUCCCAGCCUCGUGACCCUAAUCGCAGCUUCCAGCGCCUCAAACAUGAGCACUCAGCUCACAGCAGUCCCCGGCCAGGAACACCCGUCCCCAGGCUGCACUCCCGGCCCUGCCCUGCAGACCUCCGCGUCAAAGGCCCCCAAUGGGACAGGGGUCCUCUAACUGCCCCCCACCUCUGCGCGCCCUCUGUUCCGUUUCUUUCUGCCCCCUGCCUGAAUCACGCACAAUCUUGUUUGCAUCCAUCCUCUUCCCACCCUGCGUCCGUGUGUCAUCGUGGCCCUACUGCGUCCUCAGAGCAGGAGGGUGCAGCCACGCAGCAGGCACUGGGCACGGCGGGCGUGAUGAUCUCUCUGAGCCGCAUCCUCACGAAGCUGCUGCUGCCCGACGAGCGCGCCAGCACUCUCAUCUUCUUCCUGGUGUCAGUGGCACUGGAGCUGCUGUGCUUCCUGCUGCACCUGUUAGUGCGGCGCAGCCGCUUCGUGCUCUUCUAUACCACACGGCCGCGUGACAGCCGCCGGGGCAGGCCAGGCCUGAGCAAGGGCUCUGGCUACCGCGUGCACCACGACGUCGCCGCCGGGGACGUCCACUUUGAGCACCCAGCCCCGGCCCUGGCCCCCAGCGGGUCCCCAAAGGACAGCCCAGCCCACGAGGUGACCGGCAGUGGCGGGGCCUACAUGCGCUUUGAUGUGCCGCGGCCAAGGGUCCAGCACAGCUGGCCCACCUUCAGAGCCCUGUUGCUGCACCGCUACGUGGUGGCGCGGGUGAUCUGGGCCGACAUGCUCUCCAUCGCUGUGACCUACUUCAUCACGCUGUGCCUGUUCCCUGGCCUCGAGUCUGAGAUCCGCCACUGCAUCCUGGGCGAAUGGCUGCCCAUCCUCAUCAUGGCUGUGUUCAACCUGUCAGACUUCGUGGGCAAGAUCCUGGCAGCUCUGCCCGUGGACUGGCGGGGCACCCACCUGCUGGCCUGCUCCUGCCUGCGUGUAGUCUUCAUCCCUCUCUUCAUCCUGUGCGUCUACCCCAGCGGCACACCCGCCCUGCGCCACCCCGCCUGGCCCUGCGUCUUCUCGCUGCUUAUGGGCAUCAGCAACGGCUACUUUGGCAGCGUGCCCAUGAUCCUGGCGGCGGGCAAAGUGAGCCCCAAGCAGCGGGAGCUGGCAGGGAACACCAUGACCGUGUCCUACAUGUCGGGGCUGACACUGGGGUCCGCCGUGGCCUACUGCACCUACAGCCUCACCCGCGACGCCCACAGCAGCUGCCUGCACCCCUCCACCGCCAAUGGCUCCAUCCUCUCAGGCCUCUGAGCCAGCUCUGCCCACUGCCAGGGACGCCGAGGGCCUGACCAGGGGCCCCGAGGCCUGAAGGCCCCUCCCCCGUCCCCACCUCAGUGCCUGCGGGGCCCUGAGCCUCUCCCUGUGCCAGCAGCGCCACCCCCUCUGGGUCCAGCCAUCCCCAAUCCUGGCCUGAAGUUCUGCAAAGUCCUUCGAGGACUGGGACACAUUUCUGUGACCCGGGGCUCUGGCCAGCACUGUGUUCUGUGUUUGGUCUCAUACCUGCCUCUACCUUCCAUCUGUGUCCAGCGGCCCCAGCUCCAGCCCAGCCAGCACUCUGCGGGGUCACAGGCACCGUGUCCCCACCCAGGACAGCAGGCGCCCGCCAGAGUGUGCGUACCCGGUGACUGCACCCCGGCCCUCAUCACCCGCUGCCACUGAUCGGGGCACCACCUGGCCAGCCUCCAGCAAGGACCCCUCAUGAACCCUGGAGCCCUGAGAGGAGAGGGGCAGCCCCCCACCUUGUCACCCUCAGGCCUCCCCCUUCUGUCCUCAUUCUUAGAGACUGCUUCUCCCAAACAAAACGCGUUAGCCAUGAAGGAGUUGGAGCCCUGGGUCCGAAGGGGACCCGCCUGCGGUCUGCAUCAGCCUCUCAGGAACCACAGCAGUGGUGCCAGCCAGGCACAUCAGGACCUCCCCACACACCCACGCGAUGCCACAGGCCAGGGGGCUGUGCCUGACUAGGGAACCCUCCCAUUGCUGCCUUGGCCCAUGACAGAAGAGGGGAGGUAAGUCUGGGGGCUGCGAAGUAGGGCCCCCACACCCCGGCUGAAGUCAACUUGACCUAGGUCUUGACCCUCAUCCAGCAAGGGACCCGACAGACCCAAGGGUCCCUAGCAAGUAGGGAGAGGCUGGGGGUACUCCAGCCUGGGUCCCCCAGAACACCAGGCCCGUGUGGGUGGCACCCUGAGGUUGGGGGAUUCUAAGGGUGUCCUUGCCGAGACAGCGUUUCCAGGGGGAGGAUGGCCCACCGUUACAGAACCCCGGCCCUGGCUGUGACUGCCCUGUUUCAACCCUGCUGUGUCCCGUCACCCGUCUGUCCACUAACUGUACCGCACUGGCCAUUAAAAGAUAAAGCAGACCGCUGCACUGCCGCCU